AUGGCCCAAAAAGCGACCAAGGUUCUCGCCGCUCGCAAUGGCAAUUCACUCAACCGAACCCAUUUGAUCUCCCUCGUGAUCCACGCAUUCUACCUUCUGCUCCGCCUCCUAUUCUUCUACAAAUCAUUCACUCUCAGGUCACUUUUGCUUUACGUAUCCUUCGCAGGUCCCUCGUUCGUGAUUGAAUUCUGGCUCGAGCGGAUCGGUCGGCCAGUCUACACCUCAGAUGGCGGUGUGCAGAAAGCUGGCGAGGACCUGGAGCAGAAAGGGUUGACGGAGUAUCUGUGGGACGUGCUGUACUGGACUUGGGCAUGCGUGGCUCUGGCAACGAUCUUUGGGGAUAGAUCUUGGUGGGCGUAUACUGCAGUGCCGCUUUACUCCGCGUAUUUAGCGUGGAAAACGUACUCGGGCAUGAAAGGUGGACUGGGAAUGGGCUCUGGUGAAGAGAAUGGACAGCCUUCUGAGAGCAAGAGGCAGAAAAAGAUGGAGAAGAGGGGCCAAAAGGUUCAGUAUAGAUGA